UGCUUCAUCAUCAGGCCACUUGCAUUGUACCGAUCGGUUUAAAAAAUGAAUAGUCGAGACUCUGCCCUGGAUGCUCAGAUGAAAACCUGAAUCUUCAGAAUAUUUUCGGGAAAUGCAAACUUGUUGAAGAUGAGGGCAUGUGUCUGGUUAAAGAAAUGACCACAGAAUGAAUCGUGAAAAACCCUCCCUCCCAUUUGGCUGGAUUGUGAAACAGUCGUCAACGUACCCGGAACGUGUCUACUACUUCAACACACACAGUGGUGUAACAACAUGGGAAAUGCCUCAUCUCGUCAAAACGAACAACAAUGCUAUACCUCCACCUUGUCAUGCAGGAAAGGAACAAUUCAGUCCACCAUGCAGUCCUCGCUACUCUCCGACCGACUCCUCCGAUGAUUCCCCAUAUUACAGUGAAGCAGAAAAGCAGGACCCCCAGAAUGAGCCUGUGUUUAGUCAGUUCCAGAAGAACAUCUAUGAUGAUGUGAUUUCCAACUCUCCGUCUCACGAAAAAGACGAACAGGUAAGACCCACCAAAGAACAGUCCACUGGACAAGUACCAAAAAGAUCUCAAGGAAAAUGUCCGGACACCAGUUAUAAACACAAAGUCCGUGAGAAAGUGUCUAUGAAGGAGGAGAAGUGUAAGUCUGAGGAGAAAGUUCCUCGAGUUAAAUUCAAAAUAGAGACGCCUGAUUCAAAAUUACAGGUGAAAAAGGAAGUGAGUGACAAGCCAAGGAAGUUUGCACAAGGUGACCGACAACACUCCUUUAAUAUUUCCAAAGUGUUAACAGAAAUCAGAAAAGAUGUUGAGUCUUCUGAUAAUGUUAAAACUUCAAAGAAGAAAACUACAUCGGGAAGUGAUUCUGUUAGUAGUAUACAGAGGAUGGGGGAAUUCCCACUGCCGCUUACGAGGAAAAUUGGCAGGAGAGAGGUUGUGCGUUCAUCGGAACAUAACAAAACACAAGACAAAUCUCCACUAAAAAAGAAGGGUGAAAGUGGCAGGAGAGAGGUGGUGCGUUCACCGGAACAUAACAAAACACAAGACAAAUCCCCACGGACAAAGAAGGGGGAAAGUGGCAGGAGAGAGGUGGUGCGUUCAUCGGAACAUAACAAAACACAAGACAAAUCCCCACGGACAAAGAAGGGUGAAAGUGGCAGGAGAGAGGUGGUGCGCUCAUCAGAACGUCACAAAACACAAGACAAAUCCCUGACUGCUGCUGGAGCAGGGCGGUUUUCUAAUCUAGUACAUUUGAAACAGGGCAAGGACCCUGAGACGGUACCCAGUUCGUCAAGCAAAGAUUUGUGGACACGGAAAAGAAAAAAUUCAGAUUCCCCCACCAGUGAUGUUGUGCCUGUGAAAAUUGUGCCAAAGAAUAAUUUGUCUCUAAAAGUAUCAGUUGGAGAGAAGAGGAAAGUUGUAUUGAGUCCUCAAAGAAGGACUAAAUGUAGCCGUCAAUCAUCAGGUGAAUAUCUUGACCUCAAUGUGGAAGACCAGACAGUAGCAGAUCGUCUUCAGCGUGUCAAUCAAAAUACUUCAGCUGUUGUUGUUCGAUCACCUGUGUUUGACAGGUUGAAUGUUUCAAGUGAAGUAAGUCCGCUGAACAUUCCAGGCCCCAGUGCUGCAGUCCUCUCCCCAGUUAGAAAACAUAGACCUAACCAUCAGCCUGAUGUCAGGAGGGUGGUCUCGUCGGACAGUGAGGCUAACACUAACAACAGUGUCCCUGGGGACCCCCCCGGUCCUCGACCCCCUCCACAGGCAGACAGACUUGACCGCGUCCAGGAGUGGAUAGAUCUUAUUAAUGGGAGUCAGGAGGUCCAGCCGGAAACACCUGCAUGGUCUCAGCCUUCUGUUCAGGUUCAAGCCCUGCUAGAGCAUCCCCAGGAUGAGGAUGAGGUCUGUGACAUGGAGGUGGACGAAGACACCGACGAGGACGAGGAUCAGAUGAUAAUAGAUCUUCAAGAAGUCCGAGGAGAAUUAGAGUUCAGUUCUAGUCAGUCAGCGUUUGACCUGUCUCUGCCAUGUUCGGCUACACGGGCUGAAGCAGCCUCACAGGGGCUGUAUCUGGUUGUGGACACGAGUGUGCUCGUUAAUCACCUGAAGCCUCUGUCUGACCUGCAUGAUGAGGACAUACAAGGGUUCGGGCUGCCGACGCUGGUGUUCCCCUGGGUGGUGCUGCAGGAACUCGAUGCCCUCAAGGACAACCGGGCACGGCUAAGUCUCUCCAUGAGCUGCCAGAGCAAGGCGAGUCGAGCUGUCAAAUACAUCAAUGCCUGCUUCACCGGGAGACAUCCCAGAGUAACUGGCCAGUCUCAUAGAGAGGCAGCGGAGAUGGUGGAGGGGCUGGAGAUAGAAUGCAACGAUGACCGGGUGCUACAAUGCUGCUUGCAGUUCAGAAAUAAGUUUCGGACGUUGAGUGUGAUUCUCCUGUCGGAGGACGUCAACCUGUGUAACAAAGCCAUGAUGUGUGGGCUGGAUGCAGGCAGCAUCAAGAAUAUUCAUGGAAUCCUCGUCCUAUCUCAAGCUGUUCAAGAGCCCAACAGUGCUCAAGGAACAAACACAGUGCCUGUGAUACCCCUCACAUCACCACCAUGUCCCUCACCAGUCACGCAAGGGACACGCCCUCGUACCUCAUCAGUCACAACAGAGAAACAGGGUCACACCACGUUCGUCACACCUGUUCGUCCUGCUCAGAUGAACCGAGUCCAGAUUGACGAGAUGGUGGUGAAGGUCAAGGCUGUUGUCAAGGACACACUUGGUCUGGUUCUUGAGACCGAGAUGAAAGCAGCAUAUGACAACAUUUGGAAGACUGUUGUCUACCGGAAGCCACCUUGGUCUGCUGUGGACAUCAUGGAAUCCAUCAGGAAGCACUGGAUGGCUGUGUUUGGUAUGAUCUUGCCGAAGCAGAUGUCCAACACUGUCAACUCCAUCACCACCAAGUUCCAGCCUAACAAAGUUCCCCUCCUGAGGAGCUGUGAGGUGCUAGAGCUGAUACAGGAGCUGAUGCAGCUCAUGGAGGCACUGCAAAAACAUUCCAGCUAUAAGGGCAGAGUAAGCAUUUCUAUAGACAAACUGAAGACUGUGCAGAUGCAACUACACCACCUGAAGACUGCACCAACCUCAUCAACACCAACAUCAUCAACACCUUCAUCAUCAACACCAACAUCAUCAACACCAGCUUCAUCAACAGCACCAUCGUCUACACCUACACAGCCCAGAACAUUUACAUGCAAGCCUGUUGCCAGUCAGUCGUCCACACCGACACAAGUCUCUGUUGACCGUCCUGCUCCUUCCACACAUAGAGAUGUCACUCCUAGUCCCCGGCGACCUUCACAAGCAGGCUCUGCAGCCACCGGGACAAGCUCUGACUCCCUAGUCAAACCCUCCGGCUCGAGUCUAGCUGGGUCCAGAAUCAGGGUCAGACCUGCCGGCACUGCUCAAGCCUCCACCAGCUACAACACCGCUACAACCGCUGUCACGGCAACCCCCACAGCUAGGCAGCCUGUCCACACACAGGAUCCGACUGUGGUACAGGACUGUUUCCAGCUUGUGUGGGCGAAUGUGUACCAAGUGUGUGUGGAGAUCGAAGCCUCCCUGUCGCAGUCCGUCAACAACAGCUACCUCAGUCUAUUGACUCGCCUCACCAGGAUCAUCAAGGACCUUCGAUAUGAGUUUGCCCUAUGUCUUUCAAUUUCUCCCUAUGAAAUUUCUAAUGAGAGAGAGAAAUUUCAAAACUUCUGUGAACAGCUGAACACAGUAUUUGUGAAGCUGAAGCAUAAGCCAGUAGAGUUCGAGUCAGUUACAGUCGAUGCCCUGAUGUCCUUUUUCCGUACCACCAACAACAGGCCGCUCCUUCAGUCAGGCUUGAUGCAACUGGACAGCAUCAUCCGCAGCCUGUACGAACUGGUUAAGCAGCUGCCCGACUGACGAACAGGUCCGACCAUCAUCCUGGAUCUCACUUGAUGCUAUAUAGGAUGUUAAAGAUGCACGGGUACAUCAUCCAUAAUGACUGGCCAGACUGACUGACCAACAGGUUGGACAAUCAUCCUGAACUAUUGCCAGAUCUGACAUGAUGGCAUAUCUAACAGCUGCAUUUGUAUGUCAUCCAUAACGACGAGCCAGACUGACUGACCAACACAUCGGACUGUCAUCCAGAUCUAAAGGGUAGAUCACCAUUAGAUAGACUGUCCAUCAGGUCGGACUAUCACCCUGACCUGUUGCCAGAUCUGAAGGGUAGAUCACCAUUAGAUAGACUGUCAAUCAGGUCGGACCAUCACCCUGACCUGUUGCCAGAUCUGAAGGGUAGAUCACCACCACAGACUGUCCAUCAGGUCGGACCAUCACCCUGACCUGUUGCCAGAUCUGAAGGGUAGAUCUCCACCACAGACUGUCCAUCAGGUCGGACCAUCACCCAGAUCUGUUGCCAGAUGUGAAGGGUAGAUCUCCACCACAGACUGUCCAUCAGGUCGGACCAUCACCCUGACCUGUUGCCAGAUCUGAAGGGUAGAUCACCACCACAGACUGUCCAUCAGGUCGGACCACCACCCUGACCUGUUGCCAGAUGUGAAGGGUAGAUCACCAUUAGAUAGACUGUCAAUCAGGUCGGACCAUCACCCUGACCUGUUGCCAGAUCUGAAGGGCAGAUCACCACCACAGACUGUCCAUCAGGUCGGACAAUCACCCUGACCUGUUGCCAGAUCUGAAGGGUAGAUCUCCACCACAGACUGUCCAUCAGGUCGGACAAUCACCCUGAUCUGUUGCCAGAUGUGAAGGGUAGAUCACCACCACAGACUGUCCAUCAGGUCGGACCAUCACCCUGACCUGUUGCCAGAUGUGAAGGGUAGAUCACCAUUAGAUAGACUGUCCAUCAGGUCGGACCACCACCCUGACCUGUUGCCAGAUCUGAAGGGUAGAUCUCCACCACAGACUGUCCAUCAGGUCGGACCACCACCCUGACCUGUUGCCAGAUCUGAAGGGUAGAUCUCCACCACAGACUGUCCAUCAGGUCGGACCAUCACCCUGACCUGUUGCCAGAUCUGAAGGGUAGAUCUCCACCACAGACUGUCCAUCAGGUCGGACCACCACCCUGACCUGUUGCCAGAUCUGAAGGGUAGAUCUCCACCACAGACUGUCCAUCAGGUCGGACCAUCACCCUGACCUGUUGCCAGAUGUGAAGGGUAGAUCUCCACCACAGAGUGUCCAUCAGGUCGGACAAUCACCCUGAUCUGUUGCCAGAUGUGAAGGGUAGAUCACCACCACAGACUGUCCAUCAGGUCGGACAAUCACCCUGACCUGUUGCCAGAUGUGAAGGGUAGAUCACCACCACAGACUGUCCAUCAGGUCGGACCACCACCCUGACCUGUUGCCAGAUCUGAAGGGUAGAUCUCCACCACAGACUGUCCAUCAGGUCGGACCAUCACCCUGACCUGUUGCCAGAUCUGAAGGGUAGAUCUCCACCACAGACUGUCCAUCAGGUCGGACAAUCACCCUGAUCUGUUGCCAGAUGUGAAGGGUAGAUCACCACCACAGACUGUCCAUCAGGUCGGACAAUCACCCUGACCUGUUGCCAGAUGUGAAGGGUAGAUCACCACCACAGACUGUCCAUCGGGUCGGACAAUCACCCUGACCUGUUGCCAGAUGUGAAGGGUAGAUCACCACCACAGACUGUCCAUCGGGUCGGACAAUCACCCUGACCUGUUGCCAGAUGUGAAGGGUAGAUCACCACCACAGACUGUCAAUCUGGUCGGACAAUCACCCUGACCUGUUGCCAGAUCUGAAGAGUAGAUCUCCACCACAGACUGUCCAUCGGGUCGGACAAUCACCCUGACCUGUUGCCAGAUGUGAAGGGUAGAUCACCAUUAGAUAGACUGUCUAACAGGUCGGACAAUCACCCUGACCUGUUGCCAGAUGUGAAGGGUAGAUCACCACCACAGACUGUCCAUCGGGUCGGACAAUCACCCUGACCUGUUGCCAGAUGUGAAGGGUAGAUCACCAUUAGAUAGACUGUCUAACAGGUCGGACAAUCACCCUGACCUGUUGCCAGAUCUGAAGGGUAGAUCACCAUUAGAUAGACUGUCCAUCAGGUCGGACCACCACCCUGACCUGUUGCCAGAUGUGAAGGGUAGAUCACCAUUAGAUAGACUGUCCAUCAGGUCGGACCACCACCCUGACCUGUUGCCAGAUCUGAAGGGUAGAUCUCCACCACAGACUGUCCAUCAGGUCGGACCACCACCCUGACCUGUUGCCAGAUCUGAAGGGUAGAUCUCCACCACAGACUGUCAAUCAGGUCGGACCACCACCCUGACCUGUUGCCAGAUGUGAAGGGUAGAUCACCAUUAGACAGACUGUCUGACAGGUCGGACCACCACCCUGACCUGUUGCCAGAUGUGAAGGGUAGAUCACCAUUAGAUAGACUGUCAAUCAGGUCGGACCACCACCCUGACCUGUUGCCAGAUCUGAAGGGUAGAUCACCAUUAGAUAGACUGUCUAACAGGUCGGACAAUCACCCUGACCUGUUGCCAGAUGUGAAGGGUAGAUCUCCACCACAGACUGUCUAACAGGUCGGACCACCACCCUGACCUGUUGCCAGAUGUGAAGGGUAGAUCACCAUUAGACAGACUGUCCAUCAGGUCGGACCACCACCCUGACCUGUUGCCAGAACUGAAGGGUAGAUCACCAUUAGAUAGACUGUCCAUCAGGUCGGACCACCACCCUGACCUGUUGCCAGAUGUGAAGGGUAGAUCACCACCACAGACUGUCUAACAGGUUGGACAAUCACCCUGACCUGUUGCCAGAUGUGAAGGGUAGAUCACCAUUAGAUAGACUGUCUAACAGGUCGGACCACCACCCUGACCUGUUGCCAGAUCUGAAGGGUAGAUCACCAUUAGAUAGACUGUCUAACAGGUCGGACCACCACCCUGACCUGUUGCCAGAUGUGAAGGGUAGAUCACCAUUAGACAGACUGUCCAUCAGGUCGGACCACCACCCUGACCUGUUGCCAGAUCUGAAGGGUAGAUCACCAUUAGAUAGACUGUCUAACAGGUCGGACCACCACCCUGACCUGUUGCCAGAUGUGAAGGGUAGAUCACCACCACAGACUGUCUUACAGGUCGGACAAUCACCCUGACCUGUUGCCAGAUGUGAAGGGUAGAUCACCAUUAGAUAGACUGUCAAACAGGUCGGACAAUCACCCUGAGCUGUUGCCAGAUGUGAAGGGUAGAUCUCCACCACAGACUGUCCAUCAGGUCGGACAAUCACCCUGAUCUGUUCCCAGAUGUGAAGGGUAGAUCUCCACCACAGACUGUCCAUCAGGUCGGACCAUCACCCUGACCUGUUGCCAGAUGUGAAGGGUAGAUCACCACCACAGACUGUCAAUCAGGUCGGACAAUCACCCUGAUCUGUUGCCAGAUGUGAAGGGUAGAUCACCAUUAGAUAGACUGUCAAACAGGUCGGACAAUCACCCUGAGCUGUUGCCAGAUGUGAAGGGUAGAUCUCCACCACAGACUGUCCAUCAGGUCGGACAAUCACCCUGAUCUGUUCCCAGAUGUGAAGGGUAGAUCUCCACCACAGACUGUCCAUCAGGUCGGACCAUCACCCUGACCUGUUGCCAGAUGUGAAGGGUAGAUCACCACCACAGACUGUCAAUCAGGUCGGACCAUCACCCUGACCUGUUGCCAGAUGUGAAGGGUAGAUCACCACCACAGACUGUCCAUCAGGUCGGACAAUCACCCUGAUCUGUUGCCAGAUCUGAAGGGUAGAUCACCACCACAGACUGUCUAACAGGUCGGACAAUCACCCUGAGCUGUUGCCAGAUGUGAAGGGUAGAUCUCCACCACAGACUGUCCAUCAGGUCGGACAAUCACCCUGAUCUGUUCCCAGAUGUGAAGGGUAGAUCUCCACCACAGACUGUCCAUCAGGUCGGACCAUCACCCUGAUCUGUUGCCAGGUCUGAAGGGUAGAUCACCACCACAGACUGUCCAACAGGUCGGACAAUCACCCUGACCUGUUGCCAGAUCUGAAGGGUAGAUCACCACCACAGACUGUCCAUCAGGUCGGACAAUCACCCUGAUCUGUUGCCAGAUCUGAAGGGUAGAUCACCAUUAGAUAGACUGUCCAUCAGGUCGGACCAUCACCCUGAUCUGUUGCCGGAUCCAGUGACUAUGGUGGCUGCACAUAGAUUCUGCAGGUUCAGCUGACAAUCCAAUACAAACUACACAGUUGUAGUUGGGAUGGUUUGGUUCAUUCAAAACAUUACAAGCUGCUAUCUGAGACUGCUGACAUCAAGUCUGUUAUACACAGGAUUUU